UAUCUUCCUUAAUCUUCAUUACCCGAAAGAUCAACUCAUAACCCAAAUUUCAAUUCUGCUAUAAAUACAUGCCCUUCAGUUUACUCUCUAUUCAGCUUUCAUCAUCAACUUAUUAGCAACAAUGACUGGUUUCUCAAGAGCUCUUUUAUCCCACCAAAAACCCUUUUCAUCUGCAGCUCCACCGUCUGACUCAGUCACUUUACAGGAGUCAGAAUUUGUGUUGGUUCUAGCUGCUCUUCUUUGUGCUUUGAUAUGUGUGGUGGGUCUAGUGGCUGCAGCCCGCUGUGCCUGGUGUCGCCACCGCAACGCUAACCGUCCAUCCUCAGCAGCAAACAAAGGGGUUAAAAAGAAGGUUCUGCGGUCUCUCCCCAAGUACACCUACACCAAAACCACAAAGCUGGCAGCAUUAUCCUCCGCCGAGUGUGCAAUUUGUUUAGGCGAGUUUGCUGAAGGAGAUGAGAUGAGGAUGUUGCCACAGUGUGGCCAUGGCUUCCAUGUUGUUUGCAUAGACAGGUGGCUCGCUUCACACUCCUCUUGCCCUUCAUGCCGUCAAAUUUUGGUGGUUGCCCGGUGCCAGAACUGUGGUCAGUUCCCUGCUGGUGGACCUUCUGCCGCCUCUGAUGGAGGAGCUUCUGUUACCCAGCCGCAAGUGAAGGCCGAAGAUGAUAACAACAACAACAAUAAUAAUUGGUUCUUGCCUUGAAUCUUAAUCAGUAUGAGAAGAGAGAUGUACAGGUAAUCCUUCAUUUUACUUGGCUGAUGAAAUGAAUUGUUAUGUUCUCAGUUAGAGGAUCAUAAGUUCAUAUGAUCUAAGUGUUAACAUGUAAUUCUGUGAUUGUUAUCAGAAAUUGUAAUGAUUUAAUGAUAUUAUAAUAAAGUUUAGCACUUUGCUUA